UUAUGAUGAUAAACCCUAAAUCUGUUUUUUCUUUUCCUGCUAUUUUUGCUUAUUCCUUCACGAAUGUGCUUCAGAAUUUUUUUUACUGUUUAUUAUUAUUAUUAAUUAUUAUUUUCUGCUGGCUAUUUGUAUCAUAGCACCUCAAAGAUUUUUUUGUCUUGUUAUUUGUACCAGAAAGAUUAACUCGUUUUUUUUGCCCAUUUUAUUCACUUUGUGUAGAUAGAAUGAAAUAUAUCUCAGAGUUAGGAUUUUGAUAUUGUUGAUGGUGUUUAUGGGGGUUUUUCAUUGAAUCGAAUGGGUCAGUAGAAAUUAAUUCUUUUUUGUGAUUUUUUUGCCCAUUUUUUUCAUUUUCUUGUGCUACUUUUUUUUUUUUUUUUGAGAGAGAGAGGUUUAAUACCAUAUCAGUUGGUUAGUAGUCGUAUUUUUUUUAGUGAAUUUGAGAUAUUGAAAUUCGAGAUUUUUUAUUGGUUUCUCAUUUCUCUUUGGAUGCUAUCUCUUUGAUAUGUGUUUCUCACAAUAUUCAGAAGUAUGGGAUUCGAAAGUUUCCUUGUUAAUAGAUACCAUGGCCAAAUGCUUUGAUUUCACAAAUAAUAUGUGAAGAAGAUCAGAGAAAGCAAUGUGCAUUUCAAUUAUUCUCUUUCUAAUUUUCUGAGUUCUAAAUUUAUCAAGUUCUUUUAUUAGAGAAGAGUAAGCAAAAUCCAACUCGAUUUCUUCCCUUUCUUGUGAUUUGUUCCUUCAUUUUUACAUAUUCAUCUCUUUAUAAACACUGCUGAUUUUUAAGAUUUUGUUUUUUAUUUGUUCUUGGUUUUUAUUUGUAGAGUGGAAAUAAUUAUAUGAUGCUUAUUUUGUCCUUUUGUCAUGCAAUAACUUUUGCUAAUUUCUACUUUUUAUUCACUGUUAAUGUUUGUUAUCUUUGUUUUGUUUUUUGUGUUCUUUUGCACGAUGAUAUUUCAGUAUAGUCUAAUUUGUUUUUUGGGCAAUAUGAUGGGGGAAGCUAGUGAAGUGUUUUUGUUUCCCUAUGAAUUCGUUCCUAAAAUAUUUGGCACCAACAUUUGGCUCUAGAUGUUGGAGAACUGACAAGCUAUUUAAUUGUCUUGUGCAUUACAUGUUAUUAAAAUCCCAAUGAGAAUUUCAAUCGGUGUAAGAAAUGGCCAUUGCAUUCAAUGUUAGUGGCAUACUGAAGAACCACCAUUUUCAUGUAACAUGUGGGUCUAGAGAGAGAGAGAGCAUUAGAUGGGGAUGGACUUGGUGACAAUAUUCUUCAAUAUUUAUGUAAAUAUUGGUAUUCCGUGAAUCCAUUUUCAUUUUUUGUAAUAUGUUGGAUGAAUGGAAGGAACCUUAUUUAAAUGCAAAAUAUUUUUAAAAACUUCAUUUCGCACAUCAUAUCAAUGAAAUACAUAAUGAACAGUAUUACAAGCAGUUUCCAGCUUUCCCAAUGAAAUUACCAGUACCACAGUUUAUCAAAUAGCGUUUCCAGCUCCCUACCAAUUUUCACUUGCUUCCCAUAAUCUAUGAAAGUCAACAGCAGGGGUGAUUCCCAGGGACACUACAAUGGAAGUUAUCAAACGCUAGUUUUAACCUUUUCCUUUAUUUUCGGAUUGGCAAAUCUGGAAAAUAGGCCCAACUUGAGAACCUCAAAUCUCAGAUUUCAGCUGGGUGCCAAGCAGAUCUCAGACCCAAAUUCUAGGUUCGAUCGAGAGAGAGAUAUUUCAGCUGGGUGCCAAGCAGAUCUCAAGACCCGAACUCUAGGUUCGAUCGAGAGAGAGAUGGGAAGGUUGAGCAUUGCAGUGGUGGUGCUUCUCUGGUCUCUCCCCAUUUCCAUACUCUUCAACUACAUCGUCCCUGAUGCUUACAUGGAUGAGAUAUUUCAUUUGCCACAAGCUCAAAAGUAUUGCAAUGGAGAUUUCAGAAGCUGGGAUCCCAUGAUCACCACCCUCCCUGGCCUGUACUAUCUUUCACUUGCAUAUGUGGGUUUUAUUUAUCCGGUCAUGUGGUUUGCUGGGAUAGCCUCAUCAUAUGGAGAGCUCUGCACCACUUUGAUUCUUCGGUCCAUGAACUGUGCUUUAGCAGUAAUUUGCAGUCUCCUUUUCUAUUGCAUACUUAGGCACAUGAGGCCAGGCGUUGAUGAAAGAAGAGCCACAUUAUGCACACUGGUUGUGACAUUGUACCCCAUCCAUUGGUUCUUCACAUUUCUAUACUACACGGAUGUGGCAUCUACUGCUGCUGUGCUAGCCAUGUAUCUAGCUUCUCUGAAAGGCUCAUAUUGGUUCAGUGCAGUGUUUGGAGCAUUGGCCAUAUUGGUUCGGCAAACAAACGUUGUAUGGUUAUUCUUUGUUGCAAGCACUGGGGCUAUUAGUUAUGCUGAAAGCCUCUAUGAAAAGGAUAACAUACAGUAUGGCGAUUGUACUUUAUCCAUUGAAAGGUACACAAAAUUCAUUGUCAGGGGUAAGAGCACUGGUUUGAAAUUGAGAAAGCGGAAGGUUGGUGGCUCCAUGAACACCACAACUAUCUCUCCCACAGGAACUUAUACCCCUUCUUCCACAAGUAGUAGUUCAUGCUAUGGUUUGCUAUGUGAGUUCUGGGGCAUAUCUAUGAAACUCUGGAGUUUUAAGUGGGAAGUCUUGGUUGCCUAUGCUCCCUUUUUAGUGCUUUUUGCAGCAUUUGGUACUUUUGUGGUAUGGAAUGGAAGCUUAGUGGUUGGUGCAAAAGAGGCACACACAGCUUCAUUUCAUUUAGUUCAGCUGCCGUAUUUUGGUCUUGUUUCGGCUGCAGCCAUGGCUCCAGUACAUUUUAAUUUAGGUCAAGCUGUAAUUCUUUAUCGGGCAUUCCAGAAAGAUAAAUUUUAUUAUCUUGUUUUGGGUUCUUUGGCGCUUGCAGCUGGAUUUCUCUCUGUUCACUUCUUCAGCAUUGCCCAUCCCUAUCUUCUGGCGGAUAACAGGCAUUAUACAUUCUAUAUCUGGAGGAAGGUUAUUCAUGCACAUUGGUUGAUGAAAUACCUUUUGGUCCCACUAUAUGUGUACUCUUGGUUCUCCAUCUUCAAUAUUUUAGGAAAAUCUCGGAAGACAAUAUGGGUUCUUUUGUAUUUCUUUUCUUGCGCAGCGGUUCUUGUCCCUGCCCCACUAAUCGAGUUUAGAUACUAUAAUAUUCCAUUCUUUUUUUUGGUUCUCCAUUCUCCUAUUGAUGACAGCUGGAAAUGGUUUAUUAUGGGAAUCCAGUUUGUUAUUGUAAACAUAUUUACAAUCAUGAUGUUUUUGUUUCGGCCAUUCCAUUGGGAACAUGAACAAGGGACCCAGAGGUUUCUAUGGUAAACGCCCCAGACAAAUUAAUUUAUUCUUCAUUCCCAUUUGGAGAUUUACAAAGGAACUUGUCUGAAACCUUCGAGCAUGUAAAGAAAUAACUUCUGUUUGUAGUUUGAUACAACUUUUUCAAUUUUGUAAUGUUAAAUCUGCAGCGUGGUGUUCA